AUGUCGAGCGGAGGCUCAAUCGAGGAGCCAAAGCGCUCACUAGUGCACGGGCUCGAUGUGGGCUGUGGAGUCCGUGCCGUCUGGGUGUGGUCGAGCGUGAUUAUUGAUGCCAUGGGAUUCAAUCUUCUACGCUGCGGUACUGCUUUGUUUCCUGUCCUUCCUCCAUAUCAUCAUCUUCUGCAUCCUAUCCUUCCCCAACAGUGGGCGGCUCGCGCGUCAGUAUCACCAUCACCACCAGCAGCACGCAGCGUGCCAGAUCCCGGUCGGCUGCCCCUCAGCUGGAUCAUCACUGCCCUGUCCAGUCCAGGUUCCACACACGCCUGUCCUCGCCGGCUAUCGUCCACCUCGCUCCUGCACCUAUCUGCACCUCUCUGCCCGCACUUUUUGUCCCACGCACCCGCACCACCUCCUGCUCUCCACCACCACGCGCCCUUUGGCAUCGAGGACGGCAGCCUCACCCAUCCACCUGUGAGGACAUAA